UAAACAACUGCACAAAAUAAAUAAUAAUAUUCAAAGCUCGGUACAACUCUGCCAAAGUAAAAUCCAAUUCAAUUAUGCUUUACAAGACUUAUUAGCUUUAAAAUGAAUGUAAAAAUCUACCUUUCUUCAAAACUGGUAGAACACUGUACCUUCUGCCAGUUGUUCGGUGUUAUCGAAGUGCAGCGUGAUGAAAUCCGUUUCGCCGUUUUAGACAACAAACUUCUACCAGGUACUUACUUGAUUGGUGAAAUAUGUAGUGAAUCGGACUACCGGCGGUUACAGCAAGCCGACCCGGCCGACUUCAAUCGGGACAUACUGCUGCAGGAGGAAAAUUUUCUACGCCUGGCGAUCUCCGAUCGGGGCCGCAUCAAGCACGUAACGACAAAGGUGAAAGGUGUUACCAUCGAAACACUGAACAAGGUGCUAAUCGUAUACGAUGAGCGGGGAUUUAGCAACCUGGCUGAAAAUCAACUGCAGCUGGAUGAGGACGGAAAUGAUUUGUUGCAUCUGGCACAGUUGAUCAAAUCAUCGAAACCCCAACGGAACUCGGCACUGAAGGACUUGUUGGGCUACGCGGCUGGCAGUCCACUGAUGGGCUGGGCAGCGUUGCUUUUGCACCCAUUGUUGGUGAUUCUGAGGAUAGUUUUCAGGAAAACCGCCCUGUUCUAUCACUUUUCCGAGUGGACGAACAGUAUUAGAAGCCGGGGGUUCAAUGGAGCUAAGUGGGCAUUAUUAUUUGAUAUAGGAUUUGGUGUGGCCGUGCUUUCGCUGGUGCUUUACUUCGGAAAUCCGGGUAUUCAGUUUAUGGAGUAUGCUGAGCUGGUUGUGAAUUACUUGCGAAAUUUGCUGACUACCCUUCGCGGCAGUCCAAUCGGACUCAAAUUGAAUGCUCCGCUGAAUAACUUCUUUCUCAGCUGUUUUCUCUACCACGUGGACCUCUGGUGGACAUUUUUGAUCAUCGUUUCCCCGGCGAUACGCUUUCUCUUUCUACCGUUGUCAGUGUUGGGACUGUUGGGAUUAUCAUUCCAACUGGCAAUGCUUUCGGACCUAAUCAUACUAAUUAGCCUACACGCACAUUGUUUCUACAUCUAUGCUGCGGUAUUGUAUCGAAUCGAGCUUGGAGGAAUUCGGGCGCUGUGUCGCAUCGUUCUAGGCAAGAAGAAAAAUAUUCUUCGGGACCGUGUCGAAUCGCACGAAUACAUGAGUCGGCAGCUUUUCCUUGCUACAAUGACAUUCGCCGUACUUCUUUUCCUGCUGCCAACGAUUCUUGUGUACUACGCAGUUUUUGCAACGCUUCGUUUCUCCAUUUACUGUAUUUCAUACGUACUAAUGACCGUAAGGCGAACCAUACUUCAGUUUCCGUUCGAUGCCAUGAUUCGAUGGUUGCGAGGGACUUACACCGAUGUGGAAAGUUUAGAGAUCUACAAUAUCGGAUCGUACGCCAAUGAGAACAUUACGAUUAUUUAUAUUGCGCCUAAACCUAGCAGGGGUUUCUGGAAUGAUCAAAGCUGGCAACGGUUAAGGUGGAGUGCGAAAACCGGUAACGACAACCCAUCGAUGGGUGCCACUAUUUCCAUUGGUCGGUUCUUCGUUAGUUUAGUCCAAGGCGAAAUGGUUGCCUUUAUACAACCGGAUGAGAAUCAUUAUCACAGUGAUAAAAAAAUUGAAUAAAUGCAAAAUUAAUUACUAAUUUUCGGCAAGAUUUUGUUUUUUUUUCGGUAUCUGACGAGAAAAACAGAUUGGAAAAGAACUGACUAAUGAAAUAGUGAAAUGAAAAUUUGCGAAGUUAUCGCAGAGCCGAGACUCAAACCCGCGAUCUAACGUAUAGGGUUUUUCUCUUAGAAAAACUUCAACGUUCAACGGUGGUUCUUCAUUGGUUAAAUACGUUGGAUCAUUGGUCCAAUGAACGUCCAAUCAAUCGUUCAACGGGAGUAUGCGGUAACUUUUUCGCAAAUCGUCGUUUCAUUCGUCAGUCUUUUUCCAAUCUGUUUUUCUCUAUGCCUUAACAAGACCAAAAACUUCGGCUGAUUCGAAACAAAGAACCAAAUAAUGUGAA